AUGUUAGUUGCAUUGUGCAUAAAUAUUCUCGUGUCCACACUCGAGAAAGUUACGCAACUGUCAGAAAAAGUCGACGAGCUAACGAAAACUAUGAAUGUGAAGAUGGACAAUCUAAUGACUGCGGUACUGACCGACGUUCCUCGGACGAUGAAGUUCGCAAAUCUCAUGAGAAAAUUUAUUGAGUACGUUACCAGAAUCGAUGAAUUGUAUGAAGACUACCAGUACUACGUUCAUCAGAAAAGUAAAUUCAACCGAUACACUAUUGAGGACUUUAAUAGGGUCAUGACUUCUCAUAGAUUUGGAGAUCUUUAA